CUCCAUACAAUAGUUCCGCUUUAAAGUGAUUUGAGAAACAUCAUCCAUCCUAAAACCUUAUCUCAAAACUAUAACAUCUUUUAAUUCCUUCACCUUGGAAAAGUUGAACCAUCCUUUGUCGGCCAGCAUGUGGCAGUGAUGUUUCCUUAAAGGCAGUAACCCGUUAACGGGAAGAAGACGAAGAAGAAGGGAAGGCAAAGAAGAACCAUAGCAACGAUUGAAACAAAAAUGGAGUUAUCCGCCGCUGUGUUUUGGUCCAUUUCAAACAUUUUCUCUUUAUUUCUCUUGUUUACUGCCGUGACAAACUCUAGCUUGAAUACGACAUAUAAUGACCAGAACGUAAUACAUCAUGUUACAGACAACCACACAACCACACAGCCGAUAGAGUUGUAUUCGACAAUCCCGCAAACACCGAUGUCCAGCAGCACGGAGAGGCCCGGUGAGCCGACAACGCCCGCUGAGCCCCUACCCGUCUCCGGCCGCCUGCUCGCUCCUGGUACCACAGUUGGAAGCUUGUGUCCCUGUGACAAGCUUAUGAAUGUGUGUGACAUCAACUGCUGCUGUGACAGAGCAUGUAAUAAGGAGAUUGCUCUGUUCACUGGCUGCUCAGUUGACACUAUCAGUGGCAAAAAGCAGCUGUGCAGCAAUGUGGUUGUGACUUACUCUUUAGAGAGCAGGUUUAAUGGCUACUCAGAGCUUUAUUCAUUUGUCCGGAAGGAGAUUAAUCAUGACAUCUUCUGCAUUCAGUCACAGAACCGUGUUGAUGGAUUAUCUCACCCGUCUCCUGCUCUUCCAACUGAAAGCAACUUUGACUCACUCUUUGACAAGUACAUCAGGUUUUAUUUUGGUUCAGAGACCCCUGUAAAGCGCCAGAGCCUGUCAGGGUACCAGUGUGGGGAUGUGAUGGUGACAGCAGGAGAGAGUGGACAGGGAGGGAUAUUCCAGCUACCAGCUCCUUUAAUCACUUCUGACUGUGUGGACAACAGUCCUGCAGCGUUCUUAAAGCAUCAGAGCAGUCGGUGUUCUCGUCGUCUGGACCUGAAGCACGACUGUGAAUCUCUUCUAGCCCUCCACAUUGACACUUACACCAAAAUGUGGCUCUUUGCUGGGAAGACUCCAGAUGCAGCAGUGUUUGUGACGUUGCUGGAGCUUGUACCUGUGGAGUUGGCUUCAGUUGUCUUGCAGACUGUUGAUGGGAGUCAAACUGAGCUGAUGAACAGUGGUGGAAAAAACCUCAACCCUGUUCUACUGAACCCCACACUCUGUGUUAAUGUGGUUCUAAAGGUCGCAUAUGUGACUACGUUCAAUCCAUCUGGUAAGAUAGUGAAUGUGACGGUCUCUCUGGUACUUGGAUUUGUCCGUGAAGCUGCACUAUCCCUGGAACAGGAAUUUAGCAUCACAUUUGUGGAGCUUGUUCCUAUUCAACAGGAGAAUGGGGAUGAUGGGGCUAUCCACUACAGUGGAAAUCCAGGCUAUGUGGUGGGACUACCUCUUGUGUCUGGAACAAGAACAGCAGAAGGGAUCGUUCGAAGCGUCGACUCCAGGGACACAGUAUCUCUUCUUCACAGUGCUAGAGACCAGGACUGUCUGCAGGAACCACAUAAGCGUUCCCCCGUCCUUUUUGGUCUGGACUUUGUGUCUGGCUGCACAAUAAGACUGACAGAUGCUGCCAACUGCUCUCUGGUCCUUCAGGUUGUUUUGGAUGUUUUAAGAGGACCAAACAAGGGCAGAUUUGUGGCAUCUUUUGGAAACUCUCCGCUACACUAUCCACUGGAUUGGGUCCCGAUGAAGAGCAACUUCAAUCCCGUGGAUGAACAGAGUUGCAGGAUCCCAUUGUCGCUCCACUUACAAAUUCAGUGGACUAAGUAUGGAUCGUUGAUGAACCCCCAAGCUCAGAUAGUGAGCAUCAAAGAAGUAAUCCAAACUAACAUCACCAGUUUGGACAUGUCUGGAGGCAACAGCAUCUUCUCAAUCAGGACCUCAGUGGCUUUUACAUCAUCUUCUGCACCUGGUCUUCCUGGUUACAGAGCCACGCCCAAAAUCAAUGCCAAUCUGCCAUUUGAUUUCUUUUACCCAUUUGUCUGAAUACACAAGGUAACAGAGAAGAGGUCAAAUGGCAAUUUGGCAUUCAUGGUGGGCUCGUCUUACUUUUUUGUCCAACCAGUCCGCAAGGAACGUUCCUCUUUCUUUUGUCCAAAAAAUACAUUACAUAUUUACAGUCAAUUUGGAUUUCUCUCAAUAGUUUGAUAUAUUUACCCAAAACUGUGUUAAUAGAACUAGCAUUGUUGUGUUCUUGUAAAUACUGUGAAUAAUUGAAAUAGGAUGUUUGUAAAAAUGAAAUGGCUUUUUUUUUUUUACUUUAUAUUACAGUUACAUUCAGUAGCAUCUGACAUUCAUUACAUAUACAAUAUACUUAAAUUUAACUGGUAUCACUAUAUCGAUGAGAAACCUGGAUAUGGAUCCAAUGAUACAGAUAUCCUGAAAUAAAAGUUAUAUAUAUAUAUUACAGGUCCAUCUCCAUCAUUCUUGUUUAGCGCAUUCGUUCUCCUGCUCAUCACUCAAUCAGUGCAGUAACGUUUCCUGGGCGCGAUUUUCUUUUUCCUUUGCAUUUUUUUUUUUUACACAGUAACAGAUAUGAUUUAAAAUGUAGCAAAGUACAAUACUUCAAAUAAAAACUACUUUAAAAAGUAGAAGUACACAAAAAUACUACUCAAUUACAGUAACGCGAGUAAAUUAAUUCGUUACUUUCCACCUCUGCUAAUUUAUUGAGAUUUGAAUUACUGCAUUGAAUUAUUUGCAUUACUGAACAUAAUUAUUUGAAGGUUGACUUUUUUGUAUUAAAAACACUUAUGUUAUUGGUCGGAUGAAAUAUGCUAAUCUUUUUAGAUAGGAAUUCUGGGUUUUCAUGAGCUGUAUGCCAAAAUCAUCAGUAUUAAAACAAUACAAGACCUGAAAUAUU